UAUCAGUGCUAUCACAUCAGUCUAAACAUAGACUAGCAAAAUUUUAUUUUGAUAGUUCUUUCGAUAUUUUCCUUUCCUGUGUCUUUAUCACUGCUUUAACACUUUCACCAUUUUUUUUCAAAUUUGUUUCUCACAUUACUGUACAUACUUUACAUCAGUUCACUGGGAUUAAGUUUUCUCAUACGCAUCUUGUUGGACUGGAUGGAAAUUGCCGUGUGAACUUUAUCUUGCUUCUUCAAAUUAUCUGUAAAUUUACCUAUUUUUUCGUCAAGUACUCAUUGCAAAUAUGUCAGAAGAUGAUGAGAAAAAACUCACCAAGACAGAAUCUGGGUUCAAGUUGACUGGGUCCAGACUGCUCGUCGAAAAGCCGUUUGCGUAUGCCCUCAAGUCUAGUUUAUUAUCUGAAAUUUGUGAUAACUGUUUUCAGAGAAAACAAGUCAAGAAAUGCUCUGGUUGUCAAACUUUAUUCUACUGCAGCCGAGAAUGUCAAAAGCAAGGAUGGAAGAUUCACAGAAAAGAGUGUCCUCUGUUAUUCAAAAUUAAACCUCAGAUUUUGCCAGAUGCAGCUUUCUUUUUAUCAAGAAUCAUUUUUAGUCUAGAGAGAAAUCCUGAUGAAAAAAGUUAUUACACGGAAAAAGACUACAGAAAGUUUGAUGACCUCCAAUCUCACGAAGAAGAAAUCAGAAAAGAUAAAUCUAGAAUGGAACAUAUUGCUCUAUUAUCAGCAGUUUUACAUAGAUACUUAGGCCAAAAAAACGUUCCAAGAUUUGAAGAAUUAGUUAAACUUUAUGGAAAGAUGUGCAUCAAUAGUUUCUCAAUAUUAGAUCCAGACAUGCAGUGUAUAGGAUCUGGAAUCUAUCUUGGCGGAUCCAUCCUCGACCAUUCUUGCAAGCCUAAUGCUGUAACUGUGUUCAAAGGGACUACCUUGUAUGUUAUCUCAACAGAAGAUAUAAACCAUUUUGAGUGGUCCAAGGUACAAAUUAGCUACGAGGACUUACUGAGUCUGACAAGCAAGCGGCAAGCUGAACUGAGUAAAUACUACUACUUUGAUUGUAAAUGUCCUCGAUGUCUGGAUUUUGACUUGCAAAAUCUUGAGACAUCAAUGUUAUGUCAAUCUGCAAAUUGUGGAGGUCCUGUCUACAUGAAUAAUUCAGAUGCCUCUGAAUUUGCUUGCAAGGACUGCAACCAGCCCAUUAGAAAUGACAAAGUGAAAAAGUACAAAAAAUUUGUAUUGGCAAUAGAAGAAAAACUAGCAAAUAAAUCAUCAGUCAUUGUGAAUUCUGACGUUGACAAGUGGUGUCAAAAAAUAGCGACACUCGCUCACCCUCUAAAUUAUUACUAUGUCAAGCUACUUGACCUUGCAUGUGAAGAGGCUAUCAAAACUGAAAACUGGAAAGGUGCUGCGGAAUAUGGGUCACAGCUUGUCAGUGGCUUCAGGCAUUACUAUGGUGCACUAAAUCCAAUAUUGGGAAUCCACCUCAUGAAGUUGUCAAACCUGUAUAUAUCGCUGAACAACAAGAAGAUGGCGGUGAAACAUUUUCAGGAAGCCAUCAAAAUUUUGAAACUGACAAACAACGAAAGCAUUCUCACUUAUCACCUUCAAGGUCUGGAUGAUUGAAAUGCCUCGGAUGGUCUGUGGCAGAUUGUGACAGAGUGGCCUUUAUGUAAUGUUCAGUGGAAACUGUAAGGGUAAUCUGAGGGCCACCCUCCAGAGUGGAGUAGGAGAACAGCCCCAGAAAAUUUCGCAAGAAGAAUCCCUCCGAUAUAUGAAGCACGUUUAAGUUCAAGACUUGUGCAAUAUUAGAGUGUUGACAAUUUACUGAUUUCACCUCUUUUAAAUAUUUCUGAGGUUUCAACUAGCAGCAUAAGGUGAGGAGGCAGGAGAGUUAAAUGUUUUCAGGGAACAAAAACCCAGGAAAAAUAACAUCUAAAAAAUCAAAAUUAGGGGCUGGUCUGGUCUUAAAUCCUUUAAAGAUUUGCUAUUUUUACUGUCUAUUUCUCUCCACCCUUUCUCUUUUUCGUAUUUCCUUUAUCCUUUUUUUGACCUGAAAGGAUGGCCAUGCCACCAUAGUCUCUCCUUGGACCUGCCAUUGCUGAUUGUUUUGAUCUUGCGCCUCUUAAGAAAUGGUAUUACUUUACUUUCUUUGCGCUCCUCGUACUGUGUGGCAUAGUGAGGCAAGGUGAAAAAUAACGAGAAUAAGUGAAAAAAGUAGAUUGAUAUUCUACUUCAGGGCAUGGCUCAUGAUGGUUGUACAAUUAUGCAUGUUGUGUUGGCACCAGAACACCCAUAAACUCAAUAAAUUAAUAUUGCCAUAAAAAAGUAGCGGAUUUCAGAAAAAUGCAAUUAGAAUUUCGACACAAUUCCAACAAGAACAAUCUAUCUCUGGAUCUAAAAUAACGGAAAGUUUGCUUGUAUAUCCUCAGAAUUUUUUACUCAACAUGAAUUUAUUAUGAGGAUAAAAUAGUAUAUGGGAUCCUCACCAAAGUGAAGGGAAAUCAAAGCCAAAACCUCUAAAUUUUCCCGAACAGUAAUGAUCAAGUACUGCUCCACCAUUCCUUUACUUACAGUAAUUAGGCUGUGUUUGUUUUCUUUUCUUUUUCUUCCCUUCUUUGUCUUUUAAUGUACCUUUCAACUCUACGAUCACAGGGAAAUAAUUGGCAUCAUUCAUAACAAUAUGACUUUUUCAGCUUUUUGCUUAGAAGCGAACGGCUGAUAACGCUGCAGCCAAGAUAGGGUUAGCAUCCUUCCUGAGUUUAAGUAUGAUUUAUUUCAAAUCAUAGGUAUCACUUUGCCUUGAAAUUUCGACCCGACUACUUCAAGGGUUUUUAACAAUGAUUGGCGUUGGAAAUAGAAAAUCAAACAUUUUGACCUCCAUGGGUGAAGUUUUUUGGUCGUCUCAGAAACAUCGGGCUUUCAACUAAAUUUCGUUUUUCAUGAUUCUGGCACUUAUCGUCGCCAUAUCAAUGGAGUUAUUUAAACGAUGUAGAAUUUGUGAUUUAAUAUUUGUAUGAUUGUACGAAGCAAUUUUAAACUAACGCCACACACUGUAUUGAAAUAAUGAUGAUUGGUCUUUGCCUGUAUUAUGGCUACUGCUUUCCACAAACAGGAAGUGUAGCAGUGAUGAAACUAGAAAUAAACCCUUUCAAUGUUUCAAAAUUUA